CGCGCUCCCGCUGCACCCUCCGCCGUGCACGCGCGCAUGCUCCGCACGCCCACGUUCUCCGCCGCGUGCGCCUGAUGAAUCGCACCGCGACCCGGCUCAGUCAAGAGCACGCUAAGGCUGGCCCGAAGAACCGGUCUCGCUGUUCCUCACACUCUGCACUCCUCCCACCACCUCUACACACUCUCAGCCAUGCUCGUUGCGCCGAUUCGUGGCCCCAAGGGCAUGCUCCUCAAUAUGGUCACGGACGCGGAGCCGAGCCAGCCAGCGCCGACGCUCGAGGCGCUCAUGACGCUGAUGCUGAGCGUGCAGCAAGAGGUCCUCACUCUACAGACCUCCGUGCAGGCGCUGGAGCGCGCCACGAUGGGCCGCGCCAUGAGCAGCUCGCUGGUCCCGCCGUUCAGCCCGCCGGGCUACUUCUCGCCGCUGCCGUCGCCGCGGAUGGUCCGGACGCCGCUGCCUCGCCUCAGCACUUUCACCGGCGCCGAGACCUCGCUGCAGAUCGCCGAGUCGCCCAGCCCAAGAACCGCACGACCGCAGCCCGGGCCGAUCGACGUCUACAGCGUCAUCCCCGCCGGCGGCUCCGGCACGCGGCUGUGGCCGCUGAGCCGCGACGUGUGGCCCAAGUUCCUCCUCGACGUCGAGGGCAAGGGCUCAAGCCUCCUGCAGACGACCUUCGCACGGCUCGCACCUCUCUGUGGCGAGGAGCGCGUCCUCGUCGUCACCGGCGCAGGCCACCUCGAUGGUGUGCGCUCGCAGCUCGACCAGCUGCGCGAGGAGAACCUGCUCCACGAGCCGAGCCCCAAGGAGAGCAUGGCGGCAAUCGGCCUUGCCGCAGCGAUUCUCCACCGGCGCGACCCCGAGGCGGUGCUCGCAAGCUUCGCGGCCGACCACGUCAUCGAGACGGUCACGGACGACUCCUUUGCCGUCACCGUCGCCAGCGCUGUGGCGGCGGCCCGCGCCAGCCGCGACAUCGUCACCAUCGGCAUCAAGCCCACCGAGGCAUCGACAGCCUUUGGCUACAUUCAGCGCGGAGGCCUGCGACAGUGGCCCAAGGGUGCCGAGCCCGCCGCCAUUGCGUUCGACGCCGAGACGGCGCCGGCGUACUGCGUUGAGCGCUUCAAGGAGAAGCCGGCCGAGGCUGCUGCGGCCGCCUUCGUGGCCUCCGGCGAGUACUAUUGGAACGCGGGCAUGUUUGUCACGCGCGCCUCGGUGCUCCUCGAGCUGCUCGAGGCGGAGAACAAGGAGCUCUUCGACAAGCUCACGCUCAUCGCAUCGGCCUGGGACGUCAAGGAGAAGCGCGACGAGGUGCUCGCCGCCGUCUGGCCGACGCUGCCCAAGAUCAGCAUCGACCACGCGAUCGCCGAGCCCGCUGCGGCCCGCGGGCGCAUGCUCGUCAUUCCGGCGCCGCUCAAGUGGACCGACGUCGGCAGCUUCGAGGCGCUCGCCGAGCUGGCUGCCCGCGAAGAGGCGCCGUGCGCCGAGAAGCACGUGCAGGUGCUCGGCGACGCGACCCAGGUCUUCACGCAGGAGGCCUCUGGCCUCAUCGUGCCCGCCGGCGGCAAGAUGAUUGCCUGCCUGGGCAUCGACGACGUCGUCAUCGUCGACACGCCGCACGCGCUGCUCGUCACGCUGGCGAGCCGUGCGCAGGACAUCAAGAAGCUCGUCGCCGCGUGCAAAGCCGCCUCGCCCGCGGUUGCUUGACCGCCUCGAGCCUCUCUCCCUAUACCCGUGCUGCCCUCUCUUCAGUGUCACUACUGUCUGCCGCGCCUCCGCAUCCAUAUCCCGGGUCUCUCUUGCUCCCUGCUCUGCAUCAAUGCCACAUUCUUUCAC